AUGGCAGAAACCGUCACCUCCGCUGCUUUAGACUACUUGUUACGCAAGAUAACGUCGGCCAUUGAGAAUGAAGCGUCACUGAUCGGAGGGCUCAGUGAUGAGUUUGAUGCAAUCAAGCGAAAGUUUAUCACCAUGAGAUAUGUUCUACAGGAUGCUGAUGAAAAUGGAGUCCUCACUCGAGUAGAUAAAGACUGGGUGGACAACGUUAGAGACAUAUCUCAUGAGGUUGAAGAUGUCAUAGACGAGUUCAUGUAUCACAUGAACAUGCAACGUAAUGGUGGGAAAUGCACAAGGCUUCUUCACCAGAUAGUUCUCUUUCCGAAGAGUCUGUUGGUGAGGCACCGCGUAGCCACAAAGUUACAAAAGAUCAAUCGAAAGAUAACUGAGAUUGACGAAGCAAGAAGAAACUUUGCCAUCGAUGGAAGAGAAGUAAAUCAGCGUGUUGAUUAUGAACAAUUAAGGCAACAUGAUGCAGAGGCGUCUAUUUUUAUCAAGGACAAAUUGGUGGGGAUUGAGCAUGAUGAAAGACUUUUAUUGGAAUUGCUGACCGACCAAACAAAAAGAUACAUAGUUGUUUUGGAUGACGUGUGGAGUAGUCAGUUCUGGGACGAAAUCCGUGUAUCUCUUCCAGAUGAUGGGUCUGGAAGUCGGGUAAUGCUUACAACACGAGAUAAUAAUAUAGCUAGGAGCCUAUGUUCUAGGAGGCAUAUUCAUGAAGUAAGACCAAUGAGAGAGAAUGAGGCGUGGGAGCUCUUUUGCAUGAAAGCAUUUGCCAACAAUGAAGAUAAAAGUUGUCCUGAGGAGCUCAAAAGUUUAGCUGAGAAUUUGGUUGGCAAAUGUGAAGGACUACCUCUGGCCAUUGUGGCUUUGGGUGCUGCCAUGUCGUCGAAGAAACUCAAAUCAGAGUGGAAAAAGGUUAAUGAUAGCUUGGAUUUUGAGUUGAUGAACAACCGUGACUUGCAAUAUAUGCAGGCCAUCUUGUUACUUAGCUUCUACGAAUUGCCAUACAAACUGAAGCUAUGCUUCUUAUAUUGUUGUCUAUUUCCUGAAGAUUAUGUCAUAAAGCGAAAGAGGCUCAUUAGACUUUUGAUGGCAGAAGGGCUUGUUGAAAAAGCACGUGGACUUUCACCGGAAGACGUAGCUGAGAGCUAUCUUAUGGAACUCAUUCAACGAAACAUGCUUCAAGUUGUGAUGAGGAACAUAUUAGGAAGGCCAAAAGAAUGUAAGAUGCAUGAUCUUGUUCGGGAAAUUGCUCUUCCAAUAGCGGUGUCGGAGAAAUUUUGUGCUCUGUACGAUGAUCAAGAAACAAGUGAAGAGUGUGGAGCACGUCGCUUGUCGAUCCAAAAAAUAAAAGAGCAAAUAAAAUCAUUGAAGGGCAUGUCACAGCUCCGUUCUCUUCUAGUAUUCAUUGUUGAUAAGAAGUCUCCAUCUAUGGUAACAUUGCCAUCAGGGUUGAGAUUGUUAAGGGUAUUGGAUCUGCAGGGUGCACCAGUUGAGAAAUUGCCGAAUGAAGUAGUGGAUCUACUCCAUUUAAGGUAUUUGAACCUAAGGGGUACUAAGGUGGAGAAGCUUCCAAAAUCAAUUGGAAGGCUCUGCAACCUGCAAACACUUGACAUUCGCAAUUCAAGAAUAGAAAUGCUUCCAACUGGGAUUACAAAGUUGCAGAACUUGCGGCAUCUAUUAAUGUAUCGUACCAUUAUGCACUAUGAUGCCGGUUUUAAGCUUUAUUGUGGCAUACCAGCCCCACCAAAUAUUUGCGGGUUAGAGAACUUGCAGGUCUUGGAUAUUGUUGAAGCAGAAGCAGAUUUAAUGGGACGUAUUGGAAGCUUGACGCAACUUACUAAGCUUGGCAUUGCAAACGUAGGAGAAGCAGAUCAGCAAAACUUGUGCAACGCAAUUCAAUCGAUGAAUUCCCUUCAUCACUUACUUGUGAUGGUUAGUAAUGAGAAGGUAUCCUUGCAAAUGGAUACGCUCCCUGCAGCUCCUCCACACCUCAAAUCCAUGGUGUUAAUAGGGAAAUUAGAGGUGGUGCCCCACUGGUUUUCUUCACUUAAAAGCCUCGCACAAUUGCAUUUGCAUUGGUCCACAUUGACAGAAGAUUUCCUUCCCUCCAUCAAAGACUUGCCUAGUUUGGGAAGGCUUGAACUUAACAACGCGUAUUCUGGAAAUCAGUUAAAAUUUACUGCAGGGUACCAAAAGCUGAAGAUUCUAUACUUGAUCAAUCUCCCUCAGCUGGAUGAGAUAAUAAUAGAGGAGAGUGCGAUGCGAGAUCUCCUAGAACUUCACCUACACCGCUGUGAGAAGUUAAAGACAUUACCUUCUGGCAUUGAACAUCUCACUAGCGUCCAAGAAUUGGAAUUAAGGAACGUUUCAAGUGAGCUCGUCCAACUGAUCCAUGGAGAACAGGGUGUGGUUCACCCAAGUAUUCAACAUAUCCCAGUUAUCAGGUAUUGGUAA